GCGUUAUAUAUACUAAAUUGAAUCUCCAUUUCGACUCACAAUUCGUAUACUCCUUUUGCCAGUUUUUCAUUUUCAUUUUCAUUCUCAUUUCCUUAAUCUGUUACUUUUCAUUUGGUUCAUUGAAACUUUCGGUUUCUCCAUUCUCAUUUCAUUAACUUCAUAUUCCAUUUUUUGGUAUUUCACUAAACUGCAUUGUCGAGUACUGAUAUCGAUAUAGAACUACCAUCUCCUAGACUGACAUCCAGCUUUUAGCCCUCUAAUAUCUGCCAUUGUCAUAGCUACUAUUAGUUUUCCUCAUUAUACUUCAAUUCAUAAGAAAAAGUCUGCAUCAUGUCACAAAUAAAACAAGCAGUUCUGGGUUUGGCCAGAAGAAAGCUCUUUGCUGAAGACGAAGACUACGACGAAAGCAUGGUUCUUGUCUUCACUGUAGCCUCGUCCAUUAUCUGGAUUAUGGUGCCCGGUUUGGCGUUUCUCUAUUCUGGUUUGGCCAGAAGAAAGUCUGCAUUGUCGAUGAUCUGGAUUGUCAUCAUGUCGUCAUUCAUUGGAGUUUUCCAGUGGUACUUCUGGGGCUAUUCUUUGGCCUUUUCGCCCACCUCCACCAAUCCGUUCAUUGGUGACUUGCACUUCUUUGGUUUCAAGAACUUGUUGGGCAAAUCCGGUCCUGACUCAGACUAUCCCGAAAUCGCUUUUGCAAUUUUCCAGCUCCAGUUUCUCUUGGUCACUUUGGCUAUUUUGGCUGGUGGCUGUGUAGCAGAAAGAGGUCGUUUCUUGCCCUCCAUGAUCUUUUUGUUCUGCUGGGCUACCGUGGUGUACUGUCCUGUAGUUUUCUGGAUUUGGGGUGGUGGCUGGGCUGCCAACUUCAAGUCUGGUGUUCUCGAUUAUGCUGGUGGAGGUCCGGUUGAAAUUCUCUCAGGUGUUUCUGCGUUCGUGUUUUCGGCAUUUUUGGGUAGAAGAAACGAAACCUUGAUGAUCAACUACCGUCCUCACAACAUAUCUACCAUCUUCUUGGGAACAUCGCUUUUGUACGUCGGCUGGUUGUUUUUCAACGGUUUUUCAUGUGCUAAUGCUUCGAUCAAGGUGCCUUACUCCAUGAUGAACACUCAUCUUUGUGGUGCUUUUGGUGCUAUUGCCUGGUGUUUGCUCGAUUUCCGUUUGGAAAACAAGUGGUCCAUGGUCGCCGUCUGCUCUGGUUGUAUUUCCGGGCUUGUGGCAGCUACUCCUUCGUCAGGUAUGAUUCCAUUGUGGGCAUCUGUAAUUUUGGGCAUCACGGCUGGUAUCGUCUGUAACUUGUCGACUAAGAUCAAGUACCUCUGUAGAGUUGACGAUUCUCUUGAUGUGUUAGCUGAGCACGGAAUCGCUGGUGUAGUUGGUUUGCUCUUCAAUGCACUCUUUGGUUCUUCAACUGUGAUUGGUUAUGACAACGUCACUGACCACGAGGGUGGCUGGCUCGACCACAACUGGAAGCAGUUGUACAUCCAGAUUGCCUACAUUUUGGCUACUGCCGCUUACUCUGGGGUUGUCACUGCCAUCUUGUGUUUUGUCAUUGACAAGAUUCCAGGCUUACAUUUGAGAAUCGACUACAACGCUGAAGAAGUUGGUGUAGAUGAAGACCAGAUCGGUGAGUUUGCCUACGACUACGUUGAAGUCAGAAGAGACUUCUUGGACUGGGGCAACCCCAACGUCAACCCCAACUUACAGCCUCAGUUGAGCAGAGUUGAUAGCAAAGCCUUCCAUGGCACAGACGCAUCAGCUGCGGAGGUAUUCCAAGGUGUUAACGAAUCGUCGAACACUUCUACAGCCAACCAUGGUGAUGUAAGUGAUGACAAGGUACGAAUCGACGAAAAGGCAGGAGUACCAGUUGCACCUGAAAAAAGUAGAUAAAGAAGUAAUAAACAAUUAGAAGGUAA